AUGAAUUCGAUCUUUCUUGUGCUCGCCGCUGCUUUUGUUCUAUGCCAAAGAGCCGAUGCCUUCCCGUUCGCAUAUCCAGUGUACUCAUCAUUUACGCCUGUUGUACAUGCGGUAGCUCCGGUAGCUCCUGUGGUGCAUGCUGCCCCUGUCUAUCCAAUGGGUAGUCCUCGUCGUGAGCUUCACAACAUUGCAGGAGCCAGAAGAAGGGAGUCUGAACUUCUCACCGACGUCGCAAUUCGUUUUCCAAUGAAGAAAGCACACAAGAAUCGUUAAACGAAAUACGAGAAAAAACAACCGGUGCGUGUACACUGUCAUGGCUCAAUAAAACACAGCUGCACA